UACGUAGUUUCCCAAAUUCGUUCGAGAUGGCGAAACGAUAGAGGGAACUGUCACAGCGAAUGAAUGUCAAGAUCAUAUGUUCGCAAUCACAACAAAAUUUUCUCGUCACUGCAAAUUGGUCGCUCAAUUGUGUUAAAAAUUACAUAAUUUUAGGAUUAGGCAAUGAUUCGGAAUGUUUUGAACAGAACUGCUCCGGUACUACUGGGAGCAGCUGCCGUCGUCAAAGCCGACGGCAGUGGCUCACCAGAAGGCACUACCGCUAAAUCAAAGCAAAUUAUUUGUAAACCAUCUGAACUGCCCCUGUAUCGACCGAUCAAUCAGAAAAUAUCCUGUGAAUGUGAGGGCCACAAAAAGGAAACAUUAUCCAAGCCAGAGCAAUUAAUUGAAAGUGGAAUCCGUACGGUUCGAGAACAGGUUUCAGAGGCUUCGCAUCUGUUGACGGAUCAGAAAAAUCAAGUCAUCCAAUGGUGGGAAGAAGGAAAGAAGCAAACUAAAUUCGCUCGUGAUUAUCUGAAUGAGGAAGAUAAUACUCUACCCCGCGAUGGAGCAAUUGCGAUUGGUGGAUUAUCUGGUCUCAUAUUUGGACUUCGCAGGGGCUUUUUCCGUCGGCUUUUGUAUACUUCAAUCGGUGCUGGUGGUGUAGCUUCCGUCUGUUAUCCACAGGAAGCGGAAAUGUAUGCUCAGCAUGGAUUGGUGGAGGCGAAAAAAUAUGCCACGAUUGGAUACAACUUUGUGUACGGCGUAAAACCUGGCGACAAACAACUAGAACUACCGACAAUUCCUACCAGUUUAGACGAACUGAAAAGCAGCAUGUCUGGUUUUGCAAAAUCAGCUUACGAUGCCGUUUUUCCAGAGAAGAAAUAGCUGAGUGACUCAAUGCUAUGAAGUGACAUUCGAACGAGUAAAUUGUGUCAUUAGUUGAAACAA